AUCAGGUAGAACUUUGAAGUCAUGUGGUUUUCGUGACACCAUAAUGUCAUGUGAUUUGCCGCAAAGUAUGAGUGUGAGGUUGAGGAUGCAAUUAACAGUUUAGUGUCAGGAUAGUCAAGCCACUCUAGAUUGAUCAGUCGAGGACGGUGAACUAGCUUCAGUGGAAGAGGUUCGAGCCUGCCAAGAAGGCUCGCACGGCCAAAGACAGCCAACGGCCUAUUUAUCCCGCCUUAUGAUAAAUUUCUGUAUAUCCAUUAUGCUCCAUUACGCUGGUGGGCAGUAGUGAAAAUUCAGAGAGAGAGAGGUUUGAUCACGUGCUGCAAAAAUUAAUUAGUCUCAGAAAAGACAAGGGGAGAGAAUCAAAUCUCAGAAAAGACAAAGUAAAUCCUGUGUGACGUGUGGGGUUUUUACCUUUGGAAAAAAAAAAAAAGUAAUCACUUUGGUCUAUGUACACAGUGACAGAAUAGCCAUUUAUGAUCUCUCAAAAAAUGUUCAAGUCCACAAGCAUCAGUGAGGGAUUCAGGUAUGCUGAUCUUAGGCAAGUCAGAACAUGACUGGCAUGAGUAAUGAUGUGCAGAUGUUUUCUGUCCGUUUAUUGCAUAAGUAUGAUACCUGCAUCAAGGGAAGAUGCAUCUGCCCUCAGAAGGAGAGGACAAAAGUAUUAAGUGAAUAUUUAAUAGUCACCAAAGCUUUUCUGGGUCGUGGGCGUGAAGGUCGGGCUGGAUCCCGAGAACGACUGGUGGGUGCUCCCCUCAGCCUGGCUCAACGUGACUACCCUCGUCAUGACUACUACCAGCAUAAACCUCAAGACUACCCUACCAAGCCACAGGACUACCCAAGCAAACUACAGGACUAUCCCUCUAAAGCUCAAGACUACCCAACAAAGCCACAAGACUACACCAGCAAGAAUGGAAGCAACACCCCGGUGUAUAAAGCUCAGAGCCGUGAGGUAGUGCCAGCUCAACGCCAACAGUCCCCAGGAGUUGCUCUUGCAAUGAUGAGCUCUCCUGGCACUGGAAAUGGAGGUCUGAGGGAACGUGUGGCCUCCCCACACCGAGUAACAUCACCUCCUGUCAAGUUGGAGUCGCAGCGUAUAGGCAGUCCACCUGUCAAAAUGUCUGACCCUCGCCCACAACAUGAUUAUGGGAAACCAGACAUGCCUAAGCUGGAAGGUUCCCCUGUAGGUGUGGGUGUGCCCAAUCUGAGUCCUGUCAGUGUCAGUAGUCACUUUGUGCAGCAGUAUCCUGAGAGAGACACAUCAUCAACCUCUCAAACCAGUAGUGGUGCUGUAUGGGAAGGAGGCUACCCUAUGACCCCAGAGAAGUAUCCUGUGUCAGGACCCCAAACAUAUUCACCCCUUCCUUUGACAGCACUCCACAUGCAAGCCUCACCAUCCCACGGCCAAAGGCUUCCCCUUGACUCAACAGAGAAAGUGAUCGAUGCCUUAGACCAAAAGAAGGAUAUUAGCUAUUCUCCAUGUAGCAAUAACAGCAGCAGCAAUUGCAAGAACAAAAGCAGCAGCACUCUAGUGACAGAUGAUAUACUGGACGACAAAUACCGUGACUACCCAGCUGAAAAAGACGAGGGUGAUCCUGAAGUGCUUGUUGAUGGCUGUGACCUCAAGAAGCUGGCUGAGGUAACAAAUAAAAUGGCCCUCACAGUGCUCCCAGAUGAUGUGGACACCUAUAAUGAGCUAAAUAAGCACCACCUUAAUGGACAUCUGAAUGCUCACUUAAGUCACCUUGGACGUCCUGGUGGUCAGUUGACUCCUGAGAGUACUGAUUGUGGGUCCCUUAGCAAGAGUUCCUCAGAUGGAGACCACAUGAUGAACCGUAAGCGACCUCCCACCAAACUGAAAUCCAAAAGGCGUAACAUCCUCUCCUUCCCACACCACCUGUCUGUUGAUGAGCUCAGAGUCAUACAGCGCCGUCAAGACUCUUAUGGAGGUGGCUCAUCAUCGGAUGAAAACCGCUCAUCAGGCCAUGCUUCCAUGUCUGACGGCCACACCUCCUCUUCACCACCUAUUGACUCACUACCUAGGCAUGACCACUUACGACCCAACCUCAAGGUGGUUCCUGAGGAUGAGCGCCUCUCUGCUGCUGUAACUUCAGUUGGAGCAGGAUACAAAGGGGCUGGGUCAGGCCGGCGAGGCCAAGUCUGGCCACGCCACAGGGCCGCACCAUCUAAAGAUGACCUUUCCCUUACUCUUGAAAGUGCCAGUGGACUGGAAGACAUCAAGCAAGCUAUAGAGCAGCUCACUCUACGUUCACAAGGCUCAAGGACCAGUUACUCCACUUCAACGUACUCUUCUAUGUCGGGAUCAGAGGGGGAGCCUGUGAGGAGGCUGAUGCGCCACUCGUCUCUGGAAACCAUCAACACCAACGUCACUGCAGCUGAUGAGUUUGUGUGGGUCGAUUCUCAUAACAGAUUGGUAGAAUUGCAACAGCUGCCUUGGAGCAAUCACGAUGUGCUGAGAGUCGUACAGCAGGGUCGUGUGAGGGAGCAGCUGGACAGAGUGUCGAUGGAAGCAGUACCUCGAUUGUCAUAUCUGCUGCAGCGAGCCCUUGUCAGGGUGGCCCGGGAGGCUCAGAGGCUUACCCGACCAUUGGCUAUGUGCAGCAAGCAAGAAGUGUCUUCAGCUCUUAAGAUUGUCCUUUCACCAGCGCUGGCAGAUUCUUGUAUCAAGGCUUGCUUAAGAGCAGCUGCCAUGUAUACAGUGUGUGGAGAUCAGCUGCGGCAAUCCAAGAGUGCGCGUGCCGGCCUCAACUUGUCUGUGGGACGUUUCAUGAGGUGGAUGUGUGAUGUCCGAAUUGGCAAAUUUAUGCAUGAGUAUGCUGCUGUGUACCUGACUGCUGGGAUGGAGAACUUGCUGGAGGAGAUGGUACUUCAGUGCCUCCCACCUGAGGAUGAUCACAUGCUUACAGCCAGUGUGCUGGAGCAUGCCAUUGCCAACAAUGGAGAUCUCUGGGGCCUGCUGCAGCCUUAUGCUCACCUUAAUGCUGGGAGGACAGCCACAGGUGCACUCUGCUUGCCUCGAUGGGCAAGUACCAGCAGCAUUGAAACUUCAACUAAUACCUCAACGGGUGGGAGCAGAGGGAAUGCAGGUUCAGGGUCAAGCAGUACAGGUGGUGGCACUGGAGUCUCCAACACUACCUCAGGAAGUGAUGGAGUGAGUAGUGGAGGUCUGGGAGGGAGCACCAGUGGACCUCAGCCCUCAUCAAGUGUCAACCUUAGUCCUGAGGAGCACUCAAGAAACAGCAAAACACUGGAACAGUCUCUGCUGACAACGUGCGUUGGAUCGCUGGCGGAGUUGAGUGAACUGCUGAGUCGGGUUGCGCCCCACCACCACCGUGCUGCAAACACUGCCUCUCCCACUCGAGCUCAGGUUACUUGGGGUCCUUCAGCCUUACAUGCAUUAUUUUACUUCAUGAGAUGCAGUCAGCUGGAACAUGCUGAGCAUGCAUCUCGUGCUCCAAUACAGGAGCUGGUUUAUGAGCGACCAUACAUAGUGCUGCCGCCACUACUAGAGUGGGUGAGGGUGGCCACUGCCCACACUGAGCACCGUCACUCAACAGUGGUGGACAAAGAUGAUGUCAUGCAGGCAGCCAGACUACUUCUUCCUGGGGUGGAUUGUCCUGUGAGAAUGAUAGGGUAUGAGGAACUGAUGUGUCCCAGAAGGCAGUUAGAUGAGAUGGAGUGUGCCAAGAAGUUUAAAGUUGACCUUGCUUUUAAGAUGUUGUCCUGUGGAAGGACAGACUUAGUACCUCAUGCCUUGCAGCUUCUCCCAGCCACCAAGGUAAAUACAGUCAAUGAAUACGGGCUGACACCACUCAUGCUGGCUUGUAUCCGUGGGGAUGAGCCAAUGGUGAAUAUGCUGCUUGAUGCCGGGGCAGAUGUAGAUGCUGAGACUCCUCCAACUGGGCCAGCCUAUCUCAUGGCCAACCCAGAGACACAGCAUUGGACAGCUCUCACAUAUGCUGCAAUACAUGGGCACAUAAACAUUGCCAAAACUCUGCUGGAGAAAGGAGGCAAUGUUGAAGGUGGUGCACGACUGGCUGAGGAAAAAUGUACAGAAACACCUUUGCAAGUUGCUGCUGCUGCCGGUCACACAGACAUGAUGACACUGCUGUUGUCUUAUGGUGCCAACCCCUACCUCUCCACCCUCAUGAAGGACUCUCUGUGCUACUCAGGGGCAGCUCAACGAGGCUGCUAUGCUGCUAUUGCUGUAGCUGCUGCUCAUGGGCAGAAGACUAUUCUUCAUAAGCUUCUGUCACAACCUCAGCAUGCCUCAGCCAGAGAAGUCCUUUCACUGGAAGAAAUUUUAGCAGAAGGAGCCAGUGGUAACACUUGUGACAGAGAAAGACGUCCUGGACGUCAGAUGUGCAUCAUUGAUGAACCUGUUGGGCGAGGCAGCAUGACGUCCUCUGACUCUUCUCAGGUUGUUAAACUUACUAAGCAGCAGAUCAAGACACUUCAGGAGGCCAUGUACCACUCUGCUGAGUCAGGACACCUGGAAAUGACUUUGGACUUGCGAGAUUUGGGUGUGCCUUGGACACUUCACUGUUGGAUGCACACACUAGCCACUGCUCAUGAACAUCGUUUGGAGUCCAUCAUUGACCAGCUGUUGCAAGACUUUUUGCAAGUUUGGCCCGAUGAUUACUCUGCUCAGUUUGUGGAUGAAUGCCUCCCCUUACUUUUCACAAUCUUUAGAUGCAGCAAGAAUGAAGGCACCUCUCUUCUUCUGGCUGAUAUAUUUUGUUCAUGUUACGGUAAAGAACCUAUAAAAGAAAUUCGUGAUACCACAAUCUCAGGUGGAGCAAGAAUUGAUCCAAAAUUUGUCAACAACCCAGAGCUCUCUGAUGUUCAAUUCAGGGUGGAAGGUCGAGUUUUCUAUGCUCACAAGAUCAUAUUAGUAAAUGCCUCAUCAAGAUUCAAGCAAAUGUUAAGCUCAAAAUUUUGUGAAGGCAAUCCACCCAUUGUCCAGAUUCAUGACAUUAGAUAUGAUAUAUUUGAGCUGGUAAUGCAGAGCCUCUACAAAGGAGGAUGUGAAAAUUUGGAGGUAGAGGAUGGAGAUGUACUGGAGCUGAUGGCAGCUGCCAACUUCUUUCAGUUGGAUUCAUUGUUGCGUUACUGUGAAUCACGGUGUUCAAAGCUGGUCAUUGUUGAUAAUGUAGUAUCAAUGUACAUUCAUGCUAAGGUCUACAAUGCAGUGCAGCUCCUGGAAUACUGCCAGGGCUUCCUGCUGCAGAACAUGGUUGCACUCCUCACAUACGACGACUCUGUGAGACGCCUCAUCUUUGGGAAGAAGUUGCAUGAUCAUGAUGUCUUGGCAGGCCUUUUGCUAACACUGCAAGCACGUAUUAAAGCCCGUUCAUCCCCACGUGCUGGAAAGAAGUGAACUCAGGACAUUAAGUGAUACAUCAUACUAAAUUGAAAGCAAGACAAAACUGCAAAAGAUGCCCAAUAUUACUAUACAGUAUAAAUGAUUCUCUCUCUCUCUCUCUCUCUCUCUCUCUCUCUCUCUCUCUCUCUCUCUCUCUCUCUCUCUCUCUGUAUAUGUCUGUAUGCAGUAAAGUCCCUUAAUCCAAAUUACAGGGGAAUUAAUCAUCUGAAUCAGCAAAAAUAAAUUACUACAGGCAUUAUCAUCCAGAAGAUAGGUAUCAUACUUGUAUAUGUACAUACAUAGAUUUGGAAACAUUAUAUACAUAAUUUGAAACUUUCAUAUAUAUGAAGCCUUAGCCUCAUAUCCCAAAUUAUUUACCAUUACAUACUGUCAAGACUACCUGGAUACUGUAUAAACACUUUAAGUAAUGCAAAGAACCUCUACACUGCUCCUGUUUUGAGGAGCUCUUAAGGCCAUAUCACAGACAUUUUUUUUGGACAGCAUUGGCAGUUCUCAGUUUGCUGUAGUCAAGAGACACAGUGCAUAAAAUGUACAAUUUAAUUUUGUGAUAAUUUAUUUACUAAUUGAAGUUUAUCAUUGUAUGAGUAUGAAAACCAAAUAUUCCUUGAUAUGAGAUUAUUCCCCCAAGAUGCAGCAACUAAAUAUGAAUAUCAAACUGAUUUGAUUUCAUGGUGUGUUUACUUGUGGUUAUAUAUGCAGGCAAGGGAAGACCAGUCUUCAGUAGUAAGAAUUAUGGCUCCAUUCCUUUAGAGAAGACCAAAGGAGAAGAUCCACUGUUGUGGAAUAUCUUUCACUUGGAUUAGUCAAAGAAGGCUUUAAAGAAACAUUUAUUUGACAAGAGUGGAAGAUAUCAACACUACCAUCUUUGUUUUCAUAUCUUCCUUGUCUUCGUUCUAUUUGCUUUUGCUUCUUUCUGCUGAGCAAUUGAAGUUGCCAUGUACUUCUUAGAGCCAGCUGGCUGUCAGAAAUCUAGGGCUCUGCUACUGAAGGCAGUGCUGUCAAGAAAGUGCCCAUAUGAUAAAGUCGUAAUCAAACCAUUAGACAGUUGCAGGAAUAAUAGUGGCAAAUAACUUACUGCUAACAGUAAGUAAAAGGCUUAAAUACACAAGAAAGUAUGAAUGAAAAUCUUCUUCAAAAUAAGAUUUUAAACAUAAGAAGUGUUAAAACAAAAAUCUUCUUAAUCUUUAAAGCCAACAAAAUCAUGGGGGUUAUUACUGUAUAUCACUGUUACCCACAUGUUGUCUUUUUCUGUUAUCAAAGAAAUUUUUACAUUACAAGGUAAAGUUUUGUGAGGAAGAUGAUCAGUCAGACAAAUCAGAAACACAUCAGUCAGGCACAGGGCUUCAGAUUUGCUGCACAACCCACCGUUGUUGUUCUGGUCACGCACAAUGUUUCCUCUUGAUUUUUGUUAUCUUGUAUAAUGUAAUGAUAAUAUUACUAAAAAUAAGCAUUAAUGAUAUGCAUUAUUGCCAUAAAAGCUAUAAAUAAAUCAGUGAAGCAGGUUUGUAAAUAUUUAUAAGUCAUGAGUUUAAAUUUUCAGAAUUUUGCCAUCCACUUUAAAAUUCAGACUAGGAUGAUUUGAAGUAUAAGAGGUUGGAUUAAGGAACUUUUACUGUGUGUGUGUGUGUGUGUGUGUGUUUGUGUGUGUGUGUCUACAUAUGUAUAGCAUCCAGAAUUUAUUUGGUUUAAAUUUACAUGAUGUUUAAAAGUGAAUAGCUCUUGUAAUCUUUAAGCUUUCAUAAUGAUACAGACAUAUGCAGAACUAUUAUUUGCAUAUGGACAUUUCUUAUACAUAUUCAAAGCUCAAUCUGCUGGCCGGAUGUAAGCUAUGCUCAUUUACAAAAUUAUGUGCUCAGUCAUUGUAGCUUAGUUGUUAACUGGCAUGAAAGUGAUGCAUUUUAAAGUCUUAACGGAUAAGUUUUAGGGAUUUCAUGAAUAUUUUGUUCAACACUUUUUUUUUAUACACCAAUUGGUAUGCAUGGUUAGUUGACAGUAUUGUUAAAUUUCAAAGGGAAAUAUUCAUUCAUGUUACUGGCUAGCUUUAAAAUUGUGGUGUUCACAUAACUCCCCAUUUAUUACACACUCAUGUUUUUUUUUUUUUUUUUUUUUUUUUUAAUUCAAUAAUAUUUACAGAUUAUGAUACAAACCUUAAUAAUGAAUUAUUACAAUGAUGAGACCUCUCUGAAGGGGAACAUUUUCAGUGAAAUAUUACUAAACACUCAGUGGAUAUAUUUUAAGUGCUAGUUAGUAGUUUAAGUAAGAUUUGCUCCAUACAGAGGGCAACUUUGACACUUCAACUUAACUGCUGAAAGUUUCUGAUAAAAAAUAUUUCCAAGUGUCAUUUAUGAAAUUUGAUGUCUCCUUUUUUCACAGUUAUAUAGUAAUCUGCAUUUAUACAUAUUGGUCAUCUUGAAUGUCCCUCCUUCAUAUAUAUAUAU